AUGAGUGUGGUUCAUUCCGCAACUCAUAUUGUUCGAAUGAUGGCAAUUCCAUUGUCCAAGACUGGUCAGAAGAUGGUGAUGACGAUGAACCGCCUGAUGUUGGCAAAGCAGAUAGAAGGCUCGAUAAUUAAGAAAACGACGAGAGUCCAAUUGCCACCCAGAAUGAAGUUUGUGAUACAAGUGACAAAACUUUUUUUAUCGAAAACUAGGACAAUCUUAAAAAUGAAAAUAAGAAUCAUCAUCAAAAGUUUCAUAAUUUCCAAAGAAAUUAUUCGUCAACAAAAAAUGUGA